AUGAGGCCGCGAAUCCUGCACUUCCUCACCCUCUGCACCCUCCUGUGUCUGGUUGCUGCCUGGUCUAAGGAGGAUUACGAAAUAUUCAAACUCAAGGAUGAGGUGGAUGCUUCUGAAGGUCAAGGCGUGACUUUCUACGACUUUCUUGGUGUCAAAUCCUCCUCGACCGUAGAUGAAAUCAGUAAAGCCUUUCGCAAGAAAUCACGCGCCCUCCACCCUGAUAAAGCCAAACACUCCUUUGUUGCCUCUCGCUCUACCUCGAAGCCGACUCAGAAGCCCGGUGAGAAGAAGAAACCCGCCGUCCAUGUCUCCAAGGGUCCUUCCGACCGAGAGCUCCAAAAGUUCCUCAAACAAGCCACCGAAAGAUACCAAAGACUAGGAGUAGUUGCCAAUAUUCUCAAAGGCCCAGAAAGAGAGAGAUAUGAUUUCUUCCUCCAACAUGGCUUUCCUACUUGGCGUGGUACUGGUUACUACUACUCAAGAUACAGACCUGGUCUUGGUACUGUCUUGACAGGAUUAUUCCUGGUUGUGGGUGGCGCCGCCCACUACUUUGUCUUGAUCACCAGUUAUAAGCGACAGCGAGAAUUCAUGGAGAGGUAUAUCAAACAUGCACGAAAGACCGCCUGGGGUGACGAAUCCGGAAUCAGUGGUCUUGCUGCAAUUGGCCAACCCGUGGAUGUUCCUCAAACUCACACCGAGCCCGAGGCUGAUCCGAUGGCCAAUCUAAACCGGCGGCAGAAGAGAGAAAUGGAGAGACAAAACAAAAAAGACAAAUCUACCAAGACCAAGCCUGCCAGGCCUGCGCCUGUCCCAGCCUCAUCCAAUACGGGAGACCGACGACGUGUCACUGCGGAGAACGGCAAGAUUCUGGUCGUGGAUUCAGAGGGAAAUGUGUUUCUUGAGGAAGAGGAUGAAGACGGAGAGACCCAAGAAUAUCUCCUUGACCUCGAUGAAAUUCCGAGACCUACCUUCCGAGAUACAGCGGUAGUUCGCUUCCCUGUCUGGCUUUUUCGCAAGGCAUUUGACCCUUUCCUGAAAAACACCGAGCCAAUCCCCAGCAGAGAAUCUCUACAUUCGGAAGAAGUGCACCAACCAAGGGCGACCCCAGAAGUUGUUGUGUCCGGUAAAGCCACGCCACCUGGCGGCUCGGAUCUGAGUGCAAGCCAGAUCUCCGACUCAGGAUUUGAGAUUGUUGACUCGACUGGCAUCGAGAAUGAGAUUGCCAAUGUUCCCAACGCGAAGAAAAGGGGCAAGAAGGGGAAGAAAUAA